CUGUUUAUGAGGUCUAUUAGUUCAGUAUCGCGGGAACAAUGGUGCUCUUAACAUUGGUGGUUUUGUUCGCGUCUGUUGUGGCUGGUCAAGAUUACACAAAUGAAGACAGGGCCCAUUUUCCGAGGUUAUUCCACCUCGACGAAUAUGAUCGUUGCCUCGCGAAGACCGAUGGCUUCUACUGUCUCGGGACCUUCGAGCUCACUCCAGCGAAACUACCGCAUCCUACUUACGAGCUGAUGAAGAAAUACUCAGACGAAUCUUAUCGUCACUUCAAUCGCACGCGCAUCCACCGAGGAUACUGCCUAAGCUUGCGUUGUCCGACUUCUACUCAUCAUAACGCUACUGUCGACUUCGAAGUCACUGAUUCGAUCCGCUUCGAGCGUUGUGCUGACUUCUAUGCGCAAAGGCAUGAUCUUCGAGCCUCCCUCCAGACUCUACAUUACUGCCACACUCACGUUGAUACAAAGACUGAUAAACCACCAACUGCAGCGGAACAGAUAUUCAAACAAGUCAUUUAUGCUUUGGUCUUAGCAAAUGUUAUUGGGACCAUUUAUGAUGUCUUCGUGGAAGAUGGGCCUAACAAAAACAAAUUGCUAUCUGCCUUCUCAAUACCAGCGAAUUGGCGAAGGUUAACAUACCUGCCUGAUGGCGGUGACCCUCGGCAGACAGCUUUGGUAGCCCUGGAUGGAGUAAGGGUCAUGGCUCUGGGUUUCACCACAUACGCUCACGCCAGCGUUUUCCACUACAUGUUCCACACAAUAAAUCCAGAAUAUUUAGAACAGUUGACUCAAAGAUGGGACGGUAUAAUCCUGACGGAUGGCACUUCGCUGAUACAAGGGUUUGUCAUGAUGUCCUGCUUUCUGACUGGUUAUAACCUGCUGAUGUUCUCGCAGAAACAUGAGCUUGGCAUCCACUUGUUACCUUUGUGUAUCAUCAAGAGAUAUAUAAGAAUAACCCCCGUCCAUCUCCUGAUAGUUGGCUACGGAGCAACCUGGUGGUUGUACACCAGAGACGGUCCACUGGUUCCCACCACCAUAGGCCUAGAGAGCGAGGCUUGUAAAGCCAAGUUUUGGUACCAUGUGUUCUUGCUGAACAACGUCGUGGAUUCCAAUAAUUACUGCGUGGUGCCCACAUGGUUUCUGCCAGUGAACAUGCACAUGUACAUAUUAGCUUGUACCAUGGUUCUCCUGUUUUGGCGGCGUCGCUGCUUCGCAGUCAGGCUCUAUACAAUCCUUCUCAUCACCUCCUGCCUGCUGACUGCUGUUGUGGCUUACAUGCAGGAGUACAAGGCUAUGAUAUACCUUUCAUUGCCUGAACAAAUACGCAGGAUAUUCCGAGACACUCCAUCCUUCACUGACUUCUAUCUGUCUUCGUGGGGUGCCAUUCCAUCGUGCUUCGUAGGCCUGAUACUUGCUCACAUACAACAUGAAAUCGACUUGAAGAAUGUCAAGUUAUCUGAAUAUAAAUGGUUCGUCUACCUCCAUUACGGAUCUUUCCCCUUGCUCUUCACUUGGGCUACAACGGGGUUCUUCAUGCAAGGAAACUACUCGCCCGUGUUCAAUGCAGUUUAUGUAGCUUUUGAUAGGCCAUUCUACUGCAUUCUCAUGGCUAUUGGAAUACUGGGGAUUAUUCAUAUCGAUGGUCCAAUACGAAGGUUCUACAGUUGGAGUGGCUGGCGCAGCAUGGCGCGAAUGUCCUUGACCGUGAUGAUGCUGCACUGGUGCAUCAACAUGAGCAUCGGAACGAGACCCUCAGCGUUCGGCACUUCUGUACUGGAUACUCUUGUGGACUGGAGUGCAACCAAUAUAUUCACAUACGCUGCUGCUGUUCCUAUCACGAUAAUGGUGGAAUAUCCGAUGCAGAGAUUUCUAGAAAAGUUGUUAUUUUAAAAUAAAUUAGUUACUAAGUUUUAUUUUGUUAUUAAAAUAUGUGUGCCAUGUAAAUCUAUAUCUAUAUACAUAUAAUAAAUCUGUAAAAAAACUGUGUCUGUACAUUGAAUAUAUUUAAAAAAUAAUAAUUGGGUGGGGUUUAGAAACAGUAAUGGAGCACAAAUCCAAAAAAAAAAAUCUGUCUGUAUGUCUGUAUGUCUGUAUGUCUGUUUGUUUGUACACGCUAAUCUUCGGAACUACUGAACGGAUUUCAAUGAUUUUUUCUGUGUUGUAUCAGUAUUAAGCCUGGUCAACAUAUAGGCUAUAAUUUAUCUUCGAAACUUGAAGACCUGAUGCAGAACACCAACAGACCAACAAAACUAUAAGAGAUACAAAAAUGGUGCCAUGGCAAAAAUUGUUUUGUAUGAUGAGCAUUUUCAGCUGAGAUAAUAAAUUUUAAGAUCUGGAACACCUGAUGUGGAACCCCAAGAGCCCAGCUUCUCUGUACCAUAUACAGGUAUGACGUUUUAGCAAAAGUUGUUCAAUUUGAUAAGCACUUUCUAUUGACUUAUACAAAUUGAAGAUCUAAAACACCUGAUGUGGAACUCCUGGAGCCCAGCUAGACAAUAGCAUAUAAAGAUAUGACGUUUUAGCAAAAGUGGUUCAACCUGAUAAGCACUCUCUAUUGACGUAUAUACAUCGAAGAUCUGGAACACCUGAUGUGGAACUUCAAGAGCAAUACUACACUUGAAAUGUAUAGAAAUGAAUGUUAUGAAAUAGGUGGUAUGGUGAAUCAAAAAAAGUAAUUAGUCCGUCUUUUAGAUAAUCCUAAAAUAAUGGACACGUAUUUUUUCUUUUCUCCUUCUCACAAACAAAUAAUAACGAAGAUAUAACUUGAAUUUUGUGUUAAGUCACUGCUUAGUACAAAUUUUACAUACCUAGACGUGGCGUCACGAGCCCCCACUCUCCGAAUUUGUUGCGUUAUAUCUCAUUAUUAUUUUGUAUGUCUCUUCCAGACCUCGGGACUACAGAG